AUUUGUUUACACGCUCUUUUAAGGCGUGGAUUAAUUUUGCAUUUAAUGAAUUGAUUAUGUGCACGAUAUAAAAAAAAACGCAAUGGAAAUAUUUUAAUUACAAAAAUAAAAUAAAAUUAAAAAAAGUCUCAAGACCGGAUGAUUACUACGUCGUGGUCACGUGACAGGGUUUGAAUCAGGCCGGGUAGAAAGGUGGUCGAUUUGGAAGCAGUUAGUAACGUUUCAGUGUUUGUUAUUUUACAGUCAGCAUUAUAGAUAUUUAACGUGUUAUACUUGGAUUGCGGCAAAUCAUUCAUAAAUUUUCGUUGUAUGAGUUUCUCUGAUGUUCUCCGCUUAAGAUAGCUGUGUUAGUUAAAGUAAAAUUACAGGGAGAUUUUUACGCAAAAUACAUAGCGGAACAUGGAAAAGUGGGAGUUCACUACACAACAAACCAACACGUGCCCAUUAAACCCUGUGGAAAAUGGGAUCCCUUCAUCAUGGAGUAGGACCCAGGAAGAGCGUGUUAGCCAGACUAAAGAGCAGCUUGGCUCAGAACGGAGCAUGUACUGUAAGGAGCUUGUAUUUGUAGGUGAAACAGAGUUUUCAUUUGAAGAACUGCGUACCCAGCGGUAUUAUAAACGGCUCAAUGAAAAAGUCUUACAUUUAAGCAAAGUCAAAGAAGAGCUGAAGUGUCAGGUUGAGCAGAAACAGAAACUUCUUCACAAGAGUGAUGCCAUCCAACAUCAGGCACUUGAUGUACCACAGUGUUCCCUCCAGACUGCUGAUGUCAGUUGUGCUCCUGUUGAAAAAUUAAAAAUUUAUAGUGAGCCUGAAAUAGCAAGAAACUCAUCUAUGAGAAACAGCAUAAUAAACAAUGAAGACAUGGCACAGGGUACAGGUGGUGUUAAAUGGAGGAAUUCACAGGCACCCAAAUCUUUUGAUAUACAUGAUGAGAAUGUUCUCUUUGAGAAACCCUCUGAGAAGCCAAAUACAAGAUCAUCUUCCAUGAGCCUUAAAUCUCUGAAGCUGCCCACCUCUAUUUUGAAAUCCAGAAAGCCUUCAUCUGAGUGUCCCAGUGAUAAAGAUGCUUCCCUUUCACGCUCUGAGGAGGCUAUUGUCAAUGCCCACUGGAAUAAGACUCUCUGCCAAAGCCCAGAUGACACUCGUGAUUUUGUCCUUGCUGCUCAGCUGGCCUCCACACCAUUUGGAGGAACAGGGAGGCAAACCAACUCCGAAAGAGGCAGAGUAGAAGAACAAGAAUCCCUCCAAAAAUCUGGCUCUGUAAUCUUCAGAGAGCCAACAUCUGAAGCUAGAGCAGAGCCAAACAAGUUAAGCCCGAUCCAGGAGAUUAGUCAUGAAUGUGGUUAUACCUCUUUAGUGUCGUCCUAUCCUCUGGAGCCGGAAUCACUUCAAAAACCACUCUUUCUGGAAUCGGAGAUGUGAUUCAGCCUACUUCAUUAAAUACAGUUUCUGCUCCUGCCUUUGAGCCAGAGAAGGUAAAUCCAUGCAGUCUGGAUGCCAGAAAAGCACUGCUAAAUAAUGUGGACCUGACUUCUAUGGCUAACUUCAUCAGGAAGGCUGGAACUUUACCCGACCCUAAUGACCUGCAUUUUG